UUAACUCUCCAGCAUAAUUUGCAUACUUUUCCCAGAUCUAUUGAAGUGAAGAUGGUCGAUCUUGUCUUGAGUCCUAUUGUUGAUGCCACCAUAUCCAAGGUGAUUUCAACUGCUACUGAGCAAAUCAACCUUGCAGUCAGUUGGAAGGCAGAGCUCGAAAAGCUUCGCGGCAAGUUGGACAUGAUCCGUGCUAUGUUGGAAGAUGCAGACAGAAAGCAAGUUGGAAGCUUAGCUGUGAAGCUUUGGCUUGAGAAGCUCAGAGACGUGGCUCGUGAUGCUGAGGAUGUUUUGGACGAGGCUGUUUAUGAAGGACUGAAACAGGAGGUACAGACUCGAAAGCAAAUGAUGAAGGUCUGUCUCUGCUUUACUUUUUUCAAUCCUUUCAUAUUUCGUCUGCUGAUGGCUAAUAAGAUCAAGAAUCUUAUUGCUUCUAUAGUUGAGAUUAAUGAGGAGGCUACUCAUUUUGGACUUCAGUCUAGACUUGCUACCCAGGAACCUGGAAGCAUCCCCCAAACAACAUACUCCUCCCCUGGUUAUUGUCCUAGAGUCAUAGGAAGAGAGGAUGAUGUGUCAAAAAUAGUUGACUUGUUGAUUGAUUCAAGUAAUAAGGAGCCCCUUUCUGUCAUAUCUGUAGUGGGUAUGGGGGGUCUGGGAAAAACUACCUUAGUAAAAUCAGUGCAAAAUCAUGAGAAAAUAGUGAGGUAUUUUGGUAAAAUAAUUUUCAUUUGUGUGUCUGAAGUCUUUGAUGUCAAAAGAGUUCUAAAAGAGAUGUUUGAGUCUCUUAAGAAAGUGGGUUGUUCAAUUGAAAACCAGGCUACUCUCGUGGGAGAAAUACAAGAUGAGUUAAAAAAUGAAAACUAUCUCCUCAUCUUAGAUGAUGUGUGGAAUGAGGAUAGAAUGAAGUGGGAAGCCUUGAGGGGUUGUUUGUUAGAAAUAAAUAAAAAUGAGGGGAGUAGGAUGGUUGUGACAACUCGAAGUGAAAAAGUAGCUUCUAUAAUGGGAACACUUAGAGAACACAUGCAUCAUCUUCAAGGACUAGAAGAUGAAAGGUGUUGGUCUAUAAUAGAGCAGAGAGCAUUUGGAGGUUCUCCAGUGCCUAAUCUGGAGUUGGAAGCAAUUGGAAGGCAAAUCGCUCAAAAAUGUAGAGGUGUGCCAUUAGUUGCCAAUGUCAUAGGGGCUAGUUUAAGCAAUCAAAGGGGUAGAAAUGAGUGGUUGUCAGUUAAAAAUAAAUUUGACGCAUGGGGUAUUAGUUCAUUAGGAGAUGAUAGUAGGGAAUGGAUUGAUCAAGCUUUACAAUUGAGUUUUGAUCGCUUGCCAAACCCUUUGAAGCAACGUUUUGCCUUCUGUUCCAUUUUCCCCAAGGAUUCAACAAUUAGCAGAGAGAUGUUAAUUGAACUUUGGAUGGCAGAAGGCUUUCUUCAGCCAUCAGAAGGAAGUUCAAUGGAGGAUAUUGGUGACAAGUAUUUUAAUGACUUGUUAUCAUAUUCUUUGUUUCUAGAGGAAGAAAGAGAUUCAUCUGGUAAGAUUAAGUCAUGCAAAAUGCAUGAUUUAAUUCAUGAUCUUGCCACUUCCAAUUCAAAAUCAGAAACACUUAUUUUGAAGGCUGGUUCAGAGAGCAAUAUUGCUCAUGUUCGGCAUUUGAAUCUCGUUGAUGCUCAGGAGAUGGUGCCAGCAAAUUUUGUGGAGGUGGCUGGAAAACUACAUUCCUUAUUUCUUAAAGGUGAAAUUUUGGGGAAGUUGCCAGAUAGCUUCAAAAGGUUACGCAUUCUUAGCUUUGAAAAAGGUAGCCUUCGGAGAAUUAAUAUUGAGCAGUUGCCAACUUGGAUCGGCAAGAUGAAGCAUUUGAGGUAUCUAGACAUUUCAUACACCGACGUUAAAGAACUACCCCAGUUUAUCAUGGAGUUGUAUAGUUUGCAGACACUGAGGUUCAUGUAUUGUUAUCAGAUUGUAAAACGGCCAGAAGGGGUGGAAAACUUAGUCAGCUUGAGACACAUUUAUUUCAGUGAAGAAAUGUGUAUGCCACUCAGAAUUGGUAGGCUAAAGGAUCUUCAAACGUUGCAGUUAUUUGUUGUCGGUCUACAAGAGGGAAGUCGAAUUGAGGAAUUGGGAUGCUUGAGCCAACUUAGAGGUGAAUUAAGGAUAUGUCAUCUAGACCAUGUUGAAAACUACUCAGAAGCCAAGAAAGCAAAACUUUCAGAAAAGAUUGAACUUUAUGGGUUGAGUUUGGAAUGGGGGGUAUUGGGGGUAUUGGAAUGGGAGUUAUUGAAAUGGGGGGUAUAUAGAAAUACAGAAGAAUGUAAUCAUGCUGAAGAUGUGUUAGCAGGCCUCAAACCUCCCCCAAAUUUGAGAGACUUAACUAUGCAAUCUUAUGGAGGAGAAAAAUGUCCAUCAUGGAUGGAGCCUAGUUUGAGUGAAUCAUUUUCACUCAACAAUUUGGUAGACUUGAAAUUCUUAGAUUGUGGAAAGUUGAAAAGCAUUCCAAUCUUGAGCGGGUUAUCAUCUCUUCAACAGCUUCGAAUUCAAAAUUGCCUUGAAUUGACCAGAAUCGGAGAUGGAGCAUGUGCCUUUCCAGCGUCCCUCAGCCGACUAAUGAUUCAUUUUUGUCCGAGAUUGGAAACAAUUGGGGACAGUAUUUCGACUCUCACAUGCCUAGAAGAGUUAGAUCUAUAUGGAUGUGAAGAUCUGAGGCCCAUUGUAAGUGUAAAUGGGCUUUCCUCUCUAAAAAAAUUAGAGAUUCACGGAUGCAAUUCAGUGGUGAGUCUACGUGGACUGUCCUCCUGCACUGCACUUAAAGAAUUGACCGUGUUUCUCUGCCCGAAUCUGAUCUCCAUCUUCGAAGACUUGAAGGAUUUGCAUUCUAUGGUUAAAUUACGUAUUUUCCACUGUGAAAAUUUGAGUAUUCCGGAGGAGAGCUUCAGCUGUCUUGUCUGCUUGGAGUUUUUGGGAAUUGGUGGUUUCUCAAAAGAGUUGGAGGAAUUCCCAUAUCUUAAUUCCAUCCACCACCUCCACGCCUCCCUUCAACAUUUAUACUUGUUUGGGUGGGAAAAACUAACGUAUCUACCACCUCAAAUUCAACACCUCACUUCUCUAAAGAAAUUGAGUAUAUAUGGUUUCAAUCAAGUGGAAGCUUUGCCGGAGUGGUUGGGAAGCUUGUCAUCUCUUCAAACUCUGUGGAUUAGGGACUGCGCAAAUUUGAAAUAUCUGCCUUCUGCACAAGCCAUGCAACGCCUCUCCAAGUUGCAGUAUCUUCAAACUUCUGGAUGUCCAGAGUUUAAAGAAAGAUGUGCAAAGGAAACCGGCCUUGAAUGGUUUAAAAUUUCUCACAUUCGAUACAUCGAAAUAUAUUAAGUGCGCAUCCAAUAACAAGGAGAUUGGGCCCUUUUUCUGAGACUUCAAAGUAACAAAAAAGCUCAAAUUUAUCAAUCCAAAGGGUUACUUAUGGCUGCUUCAAUUCUCUUAACCUACAAUGCUUGUGAAAAUUCUUUAAAAGGGAUUCCUAUGCACUUAGGAUGAGCAAGCUCUUGCUGGAUAUUUUUGUGAUGUUGUUUCGGACGGCAGCAUCUUGAAUAUUAAGGAUUUUGAUUGUAAGAGAGCUCUAUGAAAGGGAAGCUUUGACACAAUUGUUGGGGAACUUGUUCAUUAUUGGAAGACCAGAUUUCUAGUCAAAAUCUGAAAUAAUUGCCUUCUACUGGAGUCAUGCAAUGCCAAGAGGUACUGACUGAUUGGAAGUUUCUUGCUUUCCAAUAUCCAAGUAGAAUGAAUGCAUCCAAUUCCAAGAAUAUUGAGCUUCUCAGGUACAUUUUCUAAACCUCAACUCCUCUUCUUCCUUAAAAACUUGCCAUCACUAAGCCUAUCUUCACCCUAUCAUUAAGCAGUUGUAUCUUUUAUGAAUUCUAACUCUUAAGCAACACCAGUAAUUAAAUUUGUCAAUUCAUAAGGUAAACCUAGGUUGUUCCAACUGUUUGCAGUGCAUGAGGGAUUCUUUUAGGUAUCCUCUUUUGGCUUUUCUCAAAGAGUUAUGGAGUUAUCAUGUACUUUGGAUUUGAGCAUUUGAAGAACUUUAGGUAGUGUUUAAUUCACACCAUGGAGAAGUAGCAGGGAGAAGGGAGGAAGCUUCUUGACAAUGCAAAAUAUUAUUCAAAUGAAGGGAAGAGCAGAUGUAGCUUAGCUUCUGGACUAUCUGAUUAUGGAGAGUUUUAUAAUUUGGAAGCUUUGGCAUAUUUGUUGUGAACUUGGCCUCUAUUCAGAUAUUCAAUUUCUGUCCAUAAUUUGAAAUAUUUUCCUUCUCCUUGGGCCAUCCAAUGCCAGGAGGUAUUGAUUGAUUCAAAAUUCAUCACAUUCCAAUAUCCAAAUAGAUGGAGUGCAUUCAAUUCUAAGAAGAUUGAACUUCUCAAGUAUGUUUUCUUAAACCUCAGCUUCUUUAAAAACUUCCCUUCCAUCACUAAGUUAUCCUCACCAUGGCCAUAUCAGUAAGCAUUUGUAUCUUUUUAUCAAUUCAGACUUCAAACCAACAGCUGAAACCAAAUUUGUCAAUCUAUACAGUAAUCCCUGAAUGUUCCAAUUUUUUUGCGGUGUGAUACAUGAGGAAUACUUUUAGCUUAUGUGAGAAUGAUCUAAUUAUCCAAAGAUGGAUCUAUUGAUUUCACAUAUUUAGCGAUGAUUCCAGGUUAGUGCUGUUUUAAAUUCCCAGCACAUCAAAUCUAUUGCAUUCUUCAUUUGCUGGUGUUUUUGGUUAUCAUACUCUCUCUCAUCCUAUCUCCGUUUUAUCAAUUUUGCAGAGCUUAGCCUUAAACUCAUUGUCACCCUGUAAAUUGAAGCAGAAGAAGGAAUUAUAUCGUACAUGACUUUAAGUUUUGCAGAACUUAGCCUUAAACUCAGUGUGACUCUGUAAAUUGAAGCAGAAGAUGGAAUAACAUCAUAUAUGACUUCAAGUGCACACGCAUGGAACCAGAAGUAGUAAUAGAUUCACACCAUAGAGCAGUAGCAUGGGGAAGAAAAGGAAACCUCUUGACAAAGCAAAAGGUGUUAGUAUUCCAGUCCUUAAACAACAUCGUCUUUCAGAAGUAAAUUAAGGAGAAUAGCAGAUGCAGAGUAGCUUAUAAAAUUUGAUGAAGGUUUAUUUGUGUACAAUUAAUUCUGAGCCUACAAUUUGUCCAGAGUAAAUUUCUUUUUUUUUUUAAUUCCUCUAUUUGUUCCUUCUACACUUUCUGGGAAAUUGCAUUGUUAUAGUCCGUCGUCAUCUCCAUCGAUUUUUUGAUGUUUCUAUUUCUUCAACAGCAGCUACAUUUGUGCAGAUUUCAGCUGUCAGUGGAUUGUUUCUUGCUUGAGUAUCACAGCUUUAUUUCCAAUUAUCGAAAACCACAUUCUUUCUAAAAGAGAGUUUAAGGAUGAGCGGACUUGUGCUGGACACUUGCAUGAUAUUUGUUUUGGAUGGUACCAUCUUCACUAGUAGGAGUCUUAACUCAUCUAAUACAACAAGGGAUGAUUAUGUUUCUCUCUGCACUUUGAUUACGCUAUAUAGACUUACAACAUGACAAUGGAAGCUACAUUUCAAUCUCUUUAAAGAUUCCUCAGGUUUAUGAGAAUGCCAGUCACAUUCACUAAUGCUGUCUGCCUUACUCUCACACAUUUUGGUUGUGAUCUUGAUGACAUAGAAUUAUAUGGGCGUUGUGGGCUGCAAUAGGAGGACCAUUAGAAUUUUAUUCUGUAUGUAACCUAGCCACUUACCAUUGUGGGUUGAGUUUUGAUAUAAGAUUUGUUGAACUGGGGAGCUUCAAUAGAAGGUUGAGUGUAAAGAAGAAUUCUCAGAUGCUUGCUUGUUCUUG